AUGGACGACUUCAAGCCCGAGCUGCUGAAGGCUCUCCUCGACUGGGUCAACACCUUCGACCUCCCCCACAGAAUCACAUCACUCACCCAGCUCGAGGACGGCCAGAUACUCUGGCAGAUCCUCGCCGACAUUGACGCCGACUACUUUAACGAGUCUCUGCCCAAUUUCGAAGAAAACCACCGCCGCCAAUCAGACAAUUGGAUACCGCGAUGGCAGAACCUCAAAUACAUCGAACGCACAACCUCGACGUACAUACGCGAAGAAUGCGAGCAGCUGCCCGUCCUCACCAAACGCAUGAUACCAGACCUAAAAGCCGGCGCGCGGGACGGAUCCACAAUGCUUGUUGCAAAGCUCACCAUGGCCGUGCUGCUGGCCGCAUGCUUCUCGCCACGGAGCAAUCAGCGCAUGCUACAAGUCAUGCCAAAGCUAGGCCAAAAGACGGCCGAGACCAUUGCUGAAGCCAUACAAGAGAUGCAGGCCUUGGACCAGCGCAUGUCAGAAUUAGGCGUCGAUGCCGAGUUGACUUCAGAUCCAGUUCCCACAGGGUAUAGAACGCCCACACGAGCCAUGUCUGGGCAACCGCCGCCUGCAGGGAAUGAAUUGGAGCAGGAGGCACAGCUAUUCGAGGCAAACAAGGAUAGACAAGCACUAAAGGCCCAGGUUGGAAAGCUACUUGACGAGCUGAAGGUCUCAAGAGAACGGAUAGCAAAGCUCGAGGAGGAAGUCGCCGAAGCAACUGCCUAUCUCGACGUCCGAGCCGGCCAGGCACAACGAGCUCAAUCAGACGAUGUCGAAAACUUACGGAACGACCUGUUGCGCGACCGGCAAUACAUUGAUCAGCUCGAACAAGACCUUGUGCACACGAGAGAAAUUAUGGAAAGCCAGAAGCGACGUCUUGAUCGGUUAGAGGGCGAGGAAGGAUCCAAGCAGGACCUGCGUGAUCAGCUACAACUUGUCAAGGCGGAGCGUGAUGAGCUGAGCCAGAAGGCCAAAGCUAACGAGAACCUGAAAAAGAAGAUCGAGUCUCUCACCAAGGAAACCAAGCAGCUGGAGACGCUUCGGGAAGACUACCAACAGGCUCGCGAACGAUUAGCCCAGCUUGAACAAGUCGAGGAGCGUAACGACAUCCUGCAGAACAUCAUCAAGGAGAACGGCCAGACGCUUGCCAAUGGCGAGCAGGCCAUCUUUGAAGAAAAGGGCAAGCGUACACGAGUCGAGCAUGAGAACUUGCUUCUCAUGAAGCAAUUGGAACAGACCCGCGAACUACAGUACAAGGCAGAAGACGCCAAACAGGAACUCGAAGAACGGAUACGUGAACUAGAGUCAUCGAAUCACGCAGACCGUGGUGAUAGCCUGGAGGACGAGCUCACACAAGACGAGCAAGAUACUGAGGUGAAGCCAGUGUCUGAUGGACGGGUGAGCGCAGACGCUAUCGCUCUGCAACAAAGAGUGGAUAUCCUCAAUGCUCGUUUGAAGUCGCUAGAAAGCGAAACUCUUAAGCAGAUGCAGGAGAACCUCGGUUUGCGGUCUGACAUGAUGGCGGAAAAGGACGAAAACAGCCAGAAACCCUUCCUGGAACAGAAUGAAAAGCUAACAUCGGCUCAAACCGAGCUCGAGGAGCUCCGUCGCCGGUUGCGCGAGCAAGACCUACAAAUGGCGGAACUUCGCAAUGAGCUUAAUAGGAAAUCCGACAUCGACGACGAUACACGGUCAACUGCUAUUCAAAAGGAACAAGAGCGCCUGCUAGUACUGCAAGAAAGGACCAACGACAGACUACGAGAGCUCGAACUUGCGAAUGCAGAAAAGUCAGGUCUUCUUCGAGCAGCGCUGCUCGACCGCCAAAACCUCCCGCCAGAGCUUCUCGAGCUUAAGAGGGUCGAGACUAUACGGCAGAUGCGUGAACGAAUAGAGUCUGUCAUCAAAGCACCACCAGAAGUACAACCACAAACGCUAGAUACCACGAGUACGGAGAUUGCGGAGACGGUAUUAUCCGCCGAAGCAGCCCUAGAAAAGGCAAAGAAGGACCUCCAAGACCAACUCACCACCUCUAGCAGCCUCCGCGAGCAGCUCGAAGUCGCGCGGAAGGAGACCUCUGAGAAGGGCUCGGUCGAACUACAACAAGAAGUCGAAAACCUGCGACGCGAAAACGCCCUCGUAAAGAGCAUGUGGUAUGACAUGAAUCAACGCCUCCUUAGCAAUACCGUUAUCCUGCAAAGACGCAGCGAAGCACCCAAGGGCUGGCUCGGAAAGCAAAGAGCUGUUGUUGGUGGCGGAAGCGUCUUACUAAUGAGUCACAGGGCAGGAGGUAGCAGCAGCAGGAACAGGGACACGGUACUCGCCGUCGCCGAGCGGAGUCGCAACGGUAGGAGUGCCGCGUGCCCCAACGACGAUGACGACAAUGACUGGCUCCUCGGAUAG